UUUACACCUCUCCCUUUCUCCUUUUUCUCUCCUCUCUCUCUCUCUGUUUCUCAUUUCUCUCUUUUUCCUUUUCCAAAUUUAGUUCCAGGAGAGAAAAAACGAAAACACACACCAGUAAACAAAAACAAUCCCGAAAUGGGUGCCACAGAUAACCAGGGUUCGUUUCUGAACCGAAUCAGCAUCAGAAGAAACCAGGUGGUUUCCAUGGAAGGCAACCACGAGCAAGAGCUCGAAGACCUCGAACACUUCCAGAAGCACGUCGCCGAUCGAUUCUCCGACCUCUUAUCUCCCUCGGAAGACUUUCCCUCCGACCCGAUGCUAUCAAUUGCGUGGGUCCGGAAGCUGCUCGACGUUUUUCUCUGCUGCGAGGCCGAGUUCAAGGCUGUUCUGCUGAUGGGUCGAGACCAAUCUCAGAUUUCCAAGCCCCCACUCGACCGUCUUGUCCCCGAGUUCUUGGACCGCGUUGUCAAAGCGUUGGACAUUUGCAAUGCGGUCUCGCACGGGGUCGAUUCCGUCAGGCAUUUCCAGAAGCUGGCUGAGAUUGCGGUCUCUGCUCUGGAGCAGAGGCCGAUUGGGGAAGGCCAGGUUCGGAGAGCGAAGAAGGCGCUGAGCGCGCUGGUGACCGGGAUGGCGGUGGAGGACAAAGAAGGGGGUGGAAACAAAGCCACAGAAAGAAACUGGUCUUUCGGUCGCAGGAGUGGCGUUUCUGCCCCGAAUAAAGAGCGGGCUGUCGGGCAUUUUCGGGCUUUGUCGUGGGGAAUGUCAAAAGGCUGGUCCGCCGCCAAGCAAAUUCAGGCGAUGUCGAGCAAUCUGGUGGCUCCGAAAGGCAAUGAGGCCUCUGGGUUGGCCCAGCCGGUUUACAUAAUGAGCACAAUUAUGCUGUUUGUGAUGUGGAUGUUGGUGACGGCGAUCCCCUGCCAGGAGAGAACCGGGCUGAUGACGCAUUUUCCGGUGCCAAGGAAUUUGGCGUGGGCUCAGGCCAUGAUCGGCCUCCAGGAGAAAAUCAGCGAGGAGUGGAAGAAGAAGGAGAAGAAGGGCUCGGCUGGCUUGCUCGAGGAGAUGCAGAAGAUGGAGAAAUUGGGGCAGAGUUUGAUCGAGUUUUCGGACUCUUUUCAGUUCCCCGCGGAGGCGGAAAAGCUGGAGGAGGUUGCUGCGCAGGUGGCGGAGUUGGCGGAGACUUGCAGGAAAAUGGAGGAGGGUUUGGUGCCUUUACAACAGCAGAUCAGAGAGUUGUUUCACAGGGUGGUGAGGAGCAGGUCAGAGGUGCUUGAUGUUUUGGACCAAGGAGGCAAAGCCUCCGCGCCCGUCAUGUAAAGAUCAAAACUUGGGUCCUGACUAGUCAAAGACGAACAACAAUCGAAAAGUUCAAUUUAUUCAAGGAGGUGAAUUUUGCAAUGUUGUUCGUAGUUUCAAAUUUGCUCAAUGAGCCAAGAACAUGAAGUUUGUUUUUUUUUUUUCUUUUCUGAUCUUGCAAUGUGAAUUAGAGUAUAGUUAUUAGAAAGGGUUCAUUUCGGUAGGAGUAUACGUAGCCUAAUAGCCAAAGUACUUCAGCCAGCCUAUACAGAAUGUGCUGAAGUAUGCUUUGCUUAUCUACUCUGUUUUUCUUUCCUUGUGUUCUUGGUUGGUUAUUUGGGUACAGAAAAUCUAACUGAAAAGAGGAAAUGUACAUACCCAA